CGAACAUCUCGGGGUAAGCCUCUCUCCAACUGUUGUGGCCCGUAUUGCUUUCUGUCUGUGCAUCUCUCUCAUCUUCUGUCAUUAGCUGCAGGUCAGACUGCGGUCUCGGAGUGCAGGGGGCCUGUGGUCACCGUGGUGAUAAAGCGCCCCGAGUUGUGUAAUGCGGCGAACAAGGAGGCAGCGAAGUGUCUGUUGGAGGAGCUGCGGGCCUUUGACAAAGACUUGAAGGUGGCUGUCCUGUUAGGGAAAGGAGGGAAUUUCUGCGCUGGUUAUGAUCUGACAGAGCUGGCCAAUCACACAGCCUCCCUCAAAUUGGAGCAAGAUGUCACCAAGGGUCCCAGACUGAUGGGUCCGUCUUGUCUGCAGCUCUCUAAGCCGCUGAAAGCAGCAGUCAGUUGUUUGUCUGUUGCUGAUUGUGUCUCUGUGGGCCUCUCACUGUCUCCGGCAAACCACCUGUCUCUCGACGUUGCUUCCCUUUUCGUCCUCUUCCUGUCCGUAAUCAGCGGGGUGAUAGUGCCGGACACAACACAGAGAAGCUCUCUGCUUCCAGUCAACCCUCCAGUGCGGAGGCCUAUAGAUGUGAUUGAUACCCAACCAGCGAGCGCCAUAUGUGCCGACGGCCUGAACCCACACCAGGCCCCCGGAAUCGGUCGCACGUGUGUUAACACUGGAACUCCCCUGAUCGAUGGAGGCCCAGUGCGGCUCCCACGUGUCGUCGGUCUGUCAAGAACCCUCGUCCUGAUUCUGACUGGACUGCCAAUCGGAACACAGGAGGCUCUUUACUCGUCGCUGGCUUAUAGAGUUGUCCCUGGCGGCUAA